AUGACAACACUCAGAUUCUUGUUUAUGACGCUUGCUCUUGUUGCAUUUUCAGCACAACCAGCACUAGCACUUGAAUCCCAAGAACCACCCUCUCAUGCGGCGGAGCCACCAUCUCAUACCGAGUAUACUCCUACAGAGCCCUACCCCGGUUUUGACUACUUUGUAGAGAUGUGUCUGCACAAUAUAUCGAUUGAGUGUGAAAGUGAAAUCUACAACAGCAUUUUACUUAAUUACAGUGUCAACGACAAGUGCUGCCCUCAGUUGGUGGUUAUGGGGCAACGCUGCCUCGAAGCUAUCUAUGAAACAGUUGUUGCAACGAUAUCGGAUUUCAAAAAAAGAGAUGGGACACAGAUUAUGAAGAGAAGUGUUGAAACUUUGGACCGAUGUGUUUUGAUCACAAAUAUUGAAUCCUACUCUCCAUUGCCAUCGAUUGAAUAG